AUGCGUCACCAUGGCUAUCUUACGUGGGAAGCACGUGUCAAGGUUCUCCUUGGCACAGCCAAAGCGCUUGCGUAUUUGCACGAAGCAAUUGAGCCAAAGGUGGUACACCGAGAUAUCAAGUCGAGCAACAUAUUAAUCGACGAUGAUUUCAAUGCUAAGGUGUCUGAUUUUGGUCUGGCCAAAUUAUUGGGUGCCGGAAAGAGCCGUGUCACAACCCGAGUUAUGGGAACCUUUGGAUAUGUGGCUCCUGAAUAUGCAAAUGCAAAUACUGGCCUUCUAAACGAGAAGAGUGAUGUAUAUAGCUUUGGUGUUUUGCUACUGGAAGGAAUUACCGGAAGAGAUCCAGUUGAUUAUGGCCGUCCGACAAAUGAAGUGAAUCUAGUUGAUUGGCUGAAGAUGAUGGUUGGAAGCAGGAGAUCAGAAGAAGUGGUGGACCCAAACAUUGAGGUGAAACCAUCAACCAGAGCUUUGAAACGCGCUCUCUUAACUGCUUUACGAUGUGUUGAUCCAGAUUCCGAGAAAAGACCAAAGAUGAGCCAAGUUGUACGAAUGCUGGAGUCCGAGGAAUACCCUUUAGCAAGAGUGGACCGAAGGCAGAGAAGAAGAAAUCAAGGAGGUAUUGCAGAAAUUGAAUCGCAGAGGGAAUUUUCCGACACGGACAGGAGUGAGAUUCAGGGUUCUAGAGAAGAGAGCAGAGGGUAG